AUGCUCGAAACGGAGAAAUUGUAUCUGGUGCUGGGUGCCAUUUCCGCUUGGAUCCUGGUUUCUCUCGUGCGAAACGUCUUCGCGUCCGGCGUUCGAGACCUUCCUGGGCCAUUGUUGGCCAAGUUUACCAACCUCUACAGACUUCUUGACGUCUCCAAGGGGUACAAUCAUGUAUCACUUGUUAAGCUGCACGAAAGCUGCGGCGACAACGUGCGAUUCGGUCCCCGGGUUGUCAGUGUUCGGAAUCCCAAGGACGUGAAUAAGAUUUAUGGACUCAAGGGAGGAUACUUCUACGCUGUCCAGCAACAGCUAGCAAAUGGAAAAGCGACGCAGACGCUGUUUACGACAUUAGACGAGGCAUUCCACGCCAGAAUUAAACGGCCGGUUGCGAGCGCGUACUCGAUGACAACAUUGACCGAUUACGAACCCCUCGUAGACCGAACAAUCCUGGCGCUAUUCCAACAGCUGGAGGACCGCUAUGCUCGCCCCGGCCGCGACUGUCCUAUAUUUGAAUGGCUUCAGUAUUACGCCUUCGACGUGAUUGGAGAGGUGACGUGCAGCGAAAACUUUGGCUUCAUUGAAAAGGGAUCCGACGUAGGCGGCAUCAUCGACGCGCUCAACGUGACCAUGGACUACAACGCCUUUGUCGGACAGAUUCCGUGGCUGGAUCACUGGCUGAAGAAGAAUCCCGUGUGGACGCGGAUAGCACAACCUACCGGCGCAGUGGCCCAGUUUGCCCAUAAACAGCUCCUAUCGAGACUUGACGAGACGAAGGAAAAGGUAUCGAGCGACAGCAUCGAGUCGCAGAAGCGGGACUUUGUGGAUCGAUUUUUCCAGGCCAAGGAAACGCAUCCUGAGAUUGUUGAUGAUCGCCAGGUGUUUUCCUACAUGGUCACAAACAUGUUUGCUGGUUCUGACACGACGGCUAUUUCUCUGCGAGCGAUCGUGUACUACACGCUGAAGCACCCGAAUGUCUAUGCCAAGCUGCUGUCGGAACUCGACGCUGCUAAGGCAUCUGGGCAGAUCAGUAUGCCUGUGACGUGGAAGCAGAGCCAGACCUUGCCCUAUUUCGAUGCUGUUGUCAAGGAGGCCCUGCGUCUUCAUCCUGCAGUCGGGCUUAUCCUGGAGCGAAUUGUGCCCAACCAAGGCCUGCGACUUGAGUGCGGUACAGUGCUACCCGCCGGAACCAUCGUCGGCGCAUCGCCAUGGGUGAUGCACCGAGAUCGGUCUGUAUUUGGGCAGGACGUUGAAAGCUUCCGACCGGAGCGGUGGCUGCAGGACGCCACCGAGGACGUCGAGAGUUACAACAAGCGCCUCAAAGCCAUGAAGGGUGCCGAUUUCACGUUUGGAAAGGGACACAGGACAUGCAUCGGAAAGAAUAUCAGUUUGCUGGAGAUUUAUAAGAUGCUUCCCAGUUUCUUCCUCAAGUACUCGGUUGAACUUGCUGACCCGGAGGCGACAUGGAACCUCAAGAACUCGUGGUUUGUCCGACAGGAGGGUGUCGAGGUGAGGAUGAGCAUCAGGGGCUCGAAAUCUCAAUGA